ACAGCCAAACAUGACCACAAAAUGAAUUCUUCCUCCAAUAGACCAGAACGACUCACAAAUUCUGAACUACAAAAGACGUGUUGGUCGAAUUUUCUGAGCUACACAGCCCGACCCACAACCGGGAUGACGUUACAUUCACGCAUGGAUUUCACAAUGGAUUUAUUAUUAUAGGCCGGUGAGCAGGCGUGUGACUCAGUGAGACUAUCCUGAGGGAGCACAAGAGCAUGUUAUCUCCUCUUGAUCUCUCUCAGCUGCCAAGCAAAGAUGAACAGGAGGCAGCAGCAGGAGAAGUUGCUGUGACAACACAGGAUGCCAGUCGUAGCCUAAAGAGUUGGUGACUAAACCUCCAGCUGGAUUAAAUGCGCUACAAAGAUGGCCUCACUGGUGGAAGUAGCACUGCUGCUACUUCUCAGGCAGCAUGUUUGGGCUUUAGACAUUCCCCUGGAAGUCAGACAACCCCCUACUAUCAUCAAACAGUCAGUGAUGGACCACAUUGUUGACCCCAAAGACAACAUGGUGAUCGAAUGUGAAGCGAAAGGAAACCCUCAUCCCAGCUUCUCGUGGAGGCGGAACGGGAAGUAUUACAACGUGGCCAGAGACUCUCAGGCAUCCAUGCGCAGACGCUCGGGCACGCUGGACAUCUACGCCUGGAACAAUCCAGAGCAGUAUGAGGCUGAGUACCAGUGUAUUGCCUCCAAUGAGUACGGAUCUGCUUACUCCCACAAGAUCAGACUGAGACUUUACAGAGCUCCGCUCUGGCCGAGGGACAUCGUGGAGCCGGUGGUGAUCAGUGCUGGUCUGCCCCUCGUCCUGUCCUGUGACCCUCCACCUGGACCACCCAAACCUGAAACCUACUGGAUGUCCAGCUGCUCGUACGCCAGACCCUUCAACUGGCCCAUCCAGACAGCCUUUCCCACGAUGUAUGCUGUGCGGCAGGACCGCAGAGUAUCCAUGGGACUCAAUGGAGACCUGUACUUCUCCAACGUCCUUUUAAAUGACUCCUCUGUGGAUUACUGCUGCAAUGCUCGUUUCCCAUACAAGAACGUCAUUCAGCAGAAGAUGCCUGUGGUUGUCAAGGUUCUGACGACUCGCACCGUGGCCGAGGCUGCCCCCACCUGGCUGUCCCCUACAGUGCCGUCUAGCAAUGUGCUGGUUCUGCUGGGGGAGGAGCUCCUUCUUGAAUGUAUAGCUGCUGGAGUUCCAACACCACACAUCACCUGGACCAAAGAUGGGAACCGAUUGGCAGUGACAUCUCGGAUGAAAGCAAAACACUUCAACAAGUUGAUACAAAUCCCAAAGGCGUCUUUUGAAGACGCGGGGGAAUACAUUUGCACCGCCACCAACAGGAUCAGCUACAUUACACACACCAUAACCGUCAGGGUCAAAGCGGCUCCGUUCUGGCUGGAGAAACCAUCAGAUUUGGUUUUGGCGCCAGAAGAAAAUGGCCGUCUGGUGUGCCGCACUGACGGAUCCCCACGUCCCUCUGUUGACUGGUUUAUCAACGGGGAACCAGUUGAAUCCGCGACACCGCAGCCCAACAGAAAAGUGUCCGGGGACACGCUCAUCCUCAGCAGCGUGACGGCUGAAAACACAGCUGUCUAUCAAUGCAAUGCAUCAAACCAGUAUGGAUACUUGCUGGCCAAUGCUUUCGUCAACGUGCUACAUGCAACCCCUCGAAUUCUGGGUCCCAAGAGUGACCUCAUCAAAGCGAUAGAAGGAAGCCGCACUUUGUUGGAUUGCCCAUACUUCGGCUCCCCGGUACCAGAGCUGCGCUGGUCAAAGUACGGGCAGGGGAACCUCGAAGGAAACCGCUUUAAGACGUAUGAUAACGGGACGUUGGAGAUACGGCGGAUACAGUUGGAUGAUCAAGGGACAUAUUUGUGUGUUGUCAGCAACAUUGCAGGACGAGACGAGACUCAAGUUAGAAUCGAGGUCAAAGAGCCCAUUGUCCUUGUCACUAAGCCUCAGAGCAUGAAAGUCAUCCGUGGAAGUGAUGUCCGUCUGGAGUGCGCGUCAACAUCAGACAUCAGCGUUCCAGUAACAACCACUUGGACGAAAGACAAGCGGCGUGUUACUCUUGGCUGGAGGAUCUCGCUCGAUGAGUCGAACCUCAUCAUCACGAACGUAAACCGAGGCGACGAGGGGAAGUAUGUUUGUACAAUCAAGAAUGAGUUGGAGGAGAAAUGGGCCUGGGCACACCUGACGGUGAUGGACUACCCAGAUCCACCCACCAACCUGGAAUUGUCCGAUCCGUAUGAACGCAGUGUGAGGCUAAGUUGGUCUCCAGGAAACAGCAACCACAACCCCAUAACAGAAUACUUAGUGCAGUACGACGACGACGACUGGCUGCCAGGCAAGUGGAAAAACCUGUCAACUUAUCCGGGAAGCCUCAAUUCAGUAGUUUUACAUCUCUCACCUUUCACCUACUACGAGUUCAGAGUCAUCGCAAUUAAUGAAAUUGGCCCGAGUCGACCGAGUCGUCCCUCGAAGCGAUUUCAGACUAGUGGUGCUCCUCCAGAUGUCAUCCCUCGGAAUCUCAAAGGAGUUGGGACAUGGAGGAACAACAUGGAGAUCAGCUGGGAGCCCCUGGCCUACAGGGAGUGGAACGGACCCCAUCUGAAGUACUUGGUGUGGUGGAGGAGGCGAGACUCCAGGGAGGAGUGGAAGAACGCCACCACAAAAUGGCUCAAAUACUACAUUUAUGAUGCCGAUACCUUUACACCGUACGAAAUUAAAGUCCAGGCUGUCAAUGACUUUGGGCUGGGACCAGAGUCUCCCGUCGUCAUUGGUUUCUCUGGGGAAGAUCGUCCCGUCACCGCGCCCCUUAAUUUGCGAGUGUCUGACAUCCAGAGCACCCAGGUGACGGUUCACUGGGAUCCAGUCACGCGCACCUCCAUCAUGGGAGAACUAAAGCAGUACAAGGUUUACUACUGGAGAGACAGCAGUCAGUUGCGGUGGCUGAGAGUCAACAGGGGCAUGAAGUCGAAAGCAUUUACAGACGACAGCCCUGAACCUUCUGGAACAGUCACCGAGCUCAUCCCAUACAGCAACUACAAGAUGUACAUCGUGGUGACCAACAGCCGCUUUGAAGGGCCACCCAGUAACUCCAUACACUUUUCAACACCUGAAGGAGUGCCAUCCGCACCAAAAUCCUUCAGAAUCCAACAGAGACAUUUGGACACCAUCUAUGUGGACUGGGACCUACCCGCAGAACCAAAUGGAAUUAUCACUGGAUACUCGCUCAAGUACCAAACAGUAAACACCACCAGAGGAGAAGAGCUGCGAGAGGAAGAGUUUCCGCCCAACGUCACAAGCUUCUCCUUGCAGCGAUUCGACCGCUACACCAGAUACAGAUUCUCGGUGGCAGCCCGGACCCGGAUUGGGAUCGGAGAAUGGCACACAGAGGAGUCGCCACACUACACAACUGAAAUCUACGCCCAGGACCAGGUGGACGUCACCACGCAGGGCUGGUUCAUCGGGAUCAUGUGCGCUGUGGCUCUCCUCGUGCUCAUCCUGCUCAUAGUCUGCUUCAUUAAGAGGAGUCGAGGGGGGAAAUACCCAGUUCGAGAGAAAAAAGACAUUUCGCUGGAGCCAAUGGAUGAAAAGGAUCAUGAAGGAUCAUUUGACUAUCGGAUUUCACGUAUUUCUGCGCUACCUUUCCCCCGAAGGGAGCAGGAGAAGGGGCUCCAAAGAAGCCCUCCACCCAUGAAAGCAAUGAUCAUCGACCCGGACUCGGACAGCGAUGACAGUCUGGUCGACUACGGAGACGGAGCAGAAAUUGUUUUCGACGAGGACGGCUCUUUCAUCGGCCAGUACAGAGGAACCAGGCGGGACAUUAGGGACUUGGACUUCGGUGCAGGUCUUGACCUUCAUGCGCCGAUAAGCACUAUCUACUCGCUUGCCUGAAAAGGUCCAUCUUUGCUCCAUUUUCAAAAGAACUUUUCAGAUGAGUUGGCAUUUUUGUGACCUGUAAAUACUGUUUUUGUGAGUAGAGAUGAAUGAUGAUCGAUGGCUGCAAAUAAAGUGAUAUAUGGUUGAAUCGGUUUAUCACGUUGAUAAAAGCAGAGAAGUCUACCUGUCUGUCUGAUUAACACUAAGAUCGAUCACCUUGCUCAGAGAUCCCGCCUCACCCCCAUAAUCUGUCCACGUAACCAGCUCCAUACAUAACAGAAGAAUUUAAGAAACUCAGAUCCUGUUGUUAAAUGUGUAUCAUCGCUAAAUGUGAAUAAAGUGUUACGUUUUACGCUUGUGUUGUUUCUGUCUCCUAAACAGCUCAAUAAUAUCUGCAAAAAAGGGGGGAUGGGAGGAGUGGUAAAUAUUAUCUCUCUCUCUCUCUCUUGUGCAUACAGACGAAAAUCAAUACAGACAUUUGUGCUGGACGUGAGCGUUGGAUUAUUGAAAGAAUUGAAAGCUGUAAAUCAGGAGAGU